GGAGAUCGGAAGGGGAGAGGUAAUCCCCGGCGUUUUGAGCAUCCCCUUUUUAGAAAGAGUGAGUCUCUCCCAGGACAGCUGCUGCGGUCACACCACAAACUUAAAAGCCGCCCUCCAGCUCGGAGCGUGCCUUUCCUCGCCACACUCGCCUCCCCAAAGCUCCAGCUGGUGCCUGGCUCCCCGCCUGUCCCGUCUCGGCGCUCCGGGGCCAGCAGCGCCCCCUGCCUCCCCGUCUGGCCUCUGCGGCCGCAGCCUCCGCGCUCCGUCAGGGCCGCCGGCGGCUCCGCGGCUCAGCCAGGGCUGCCUCAGAGGAGCUCGCGCGGGUGCCCCGGAUCGCCGCCGCGCACGCCCACAGCCCGCAUCCCCUUCCUCUCUUCCGGAAAGGACUUCUGGCCCAGAGACAGGGGGAGAAGAGUUCGCAGCAGAUUAAAUUAACACCAUUUGAAAGAGGUUAUUGUUUUCAUCAUGACUGCUAAUAAAAAUGAGAGACCGAAGUUCAGAAGCCACGAUUUUCACCUUUUCCAUGCCUUGAUGAUACUAAGCAUGACCAUGCUAUUUCUUCCAGUCAUUGGAACUUCUAAGCAAAAUAUUCCACGACUCAAGCUGACUUACAAAGACUUGCUGCUUUCAAAUAGCUGCAUACCCUUUUUGGGUUCAUCAGAAGGACUAGAUUUCCAAACCAUUCUGUUGGAUGAGGAGAGGGGCAGGCUGCUUGUAGGAGCCAAGGACCACAUCUUCCUGCUCAGUCUGGUUGACUUAAACAAAAAUUUUAAGAAGAUUUAUUGGCCCGCUGCAAAAGAACGAGUGGAAUUAUGUAAAUUAGCUGGGAAAGAUGCCAAUACAGAAUGUGCAAAUUUCAUCCGUGUACUUCAACCCUAUAACAAAACUCAUCUUUAUGUGUGUGGAACUGGAGCAUUUCAUCCAAUAUGUGGUUAUAUUGAUCUUGGAGUCUACAAGGAGGAAGUUAUAUUCAAACUAGACACACAGAAUUUGGAGUCUGGCAGACUGAAAUGUCCUUUUGAUCCUCAGCAGCCUUUUGCCUCGGUAAUGACAGAUGAGUACCUCUACUCUGGAACAGCAUCUGAUUUCCUUGGCAAAGACACGGCAUUCACGCGCUCCCUUGGGCCUACUCACGACCAUCAUUACAUCAGAACUGACAUUUCAGAGCACUACUGGCUCAAUGGAGCAAAAUUUAUUGGAACUUUCCCUAUACCAGACACCUAUAAUCCAGACGACGAUAAAAUAUAUUUCUUCUUUCGUGAAUCAUCUCAAGAGGGCACUACUUCUGAUAAGACCAUCCUUUCUCGAGUUGGAAGAGUUUGUAAGAACGAUGUAGGAGGACAACGCAGCCUGAUAAACAAAUGGACGACUUUUCUUAAAGCCAGAUUAGUUUGCUCUAUUCCUGGAAAUGAUGGGGCAGACACUCAUUUUGAUGAGCUUCAGGAUAUUUACUUACUCCCCACAAGAGAUGAAAGAAAUCCUGUGGUCUAUGGAGUCUUUACCACAACCAGCUCCAUCUUCAAAGGCUCAGCUGUUUGUGUGUACAGCAUGGCUGACAUCAGAGCAGUUUUCAAUGGUCCCUAUGCUCAUAAGGAAAGUGCAGACCACCGUUGGGUGCAGUAUGAUGGAAGAAUUCCUUACCCCCGACCUGGCACAUGUCCAAGCAAAACCUAUGAUCCACUGAUUAAAUCCACCCGAGAUUUCCCAGAUGACGUCAUCAGUUUCAUAAAGCGGCACCCUGUGAUGUUUAAAUCAGUAUAUCCUGUUGCGGGAGGACCAACUUUCAAGAGGAUCAAUGUGGACUACAGACUGACCCAGAUCGUGGUGGAUCACGUUGUUGCAGAAGAUGGCCAAUAUGAUGUAAUGUUCCUUGGAACAGACAUUGGGACAGUCCUCAAAGUGGUCAGCAUUUCAAAGGAGAAGUGGAAUAUGGAAGAAGUAGUAUUGGAGGAGUUGCAGAUAUUCAAGCACUCAUCAAUCAUCUUGAACAUGGAGCUGUCUCUGAAGCAGCAACAAUUGUACAUUGGUUCCCGCGAUGGAUUGGUUCAGCUCUCCUUGCACAGAUGCGACACGUAUGGGAAAGCCUGUGCAGACUGUUGUCUGGCCAGAGACCCCUACUGUGCCUGGGAUGGAAAUGCAUGCUCUCGAUACGCACCCACUUCAAAAAGGCGAGCUAGACGGCAAGAUGUGAAGUAUGGAGACCCAAUCACCCAGUGCUGGGACAUAGAAGACAGCAUUAGUCACGAAACUGCUGAUGAAAAGGUGAUUUUUGGCAUUGAAUUUAAUUCAACCUUUCUGGAAUGUAUACCUAAAUCCCAACAAGCAUCUAUUAAGUGGUAUAUCCAGCGGUCAGGAGAUGAGCAUCGAGAGGAGUUGAAACCUGAUGAAAGGAUCAUCAAAACAGAAUAUGGGCUACUGAUUCGAAGUCUGCAGAAGAAGGACUCUGGAAUGUAUUACUGCAAAGCCCAGGAACACACUUUUAUCCACACCAUAGUGAAGCUGACUUUGAAUGUCAUUGAGAACGAACAGAUGGAAAAUACCCAGAGGGCAGAGCGCGAGGAGGGGCAGGUCAAGGAUCUGCUGGCUGAGUCCCGGCUGAGGUACAAAGACUACAUCCAAAUCCUCAGCAGCCCGAACUUCAGCCUCGACCAGUACUGCGAACAGAUGUGGCACCGGGAGAAGCGAAGACAGAGAAACAAGGGCGGCCCGAAGUGGAAGCACGUGCAGGAAAUGAAGAAGAAACGGAAUCGAAGACAUCACAGAGACCUAGAUGGGCUUCCUAAAGCCGUGGACACGUAGUUGUCUGUUUAAUUUAAAGAAUUCUUUACCUGCAAAAAUACCGCCUUCUGUUUUGUGCACCCUGUAUACUAACUCAUAAGAGCUUUCCAUGGAGUUUUGCUAAGGCAAAGCACACGAGAACAAUGAUCUGAAUAAGACUAUAUAUGGCGAAUAUGGCCUAGUAAGGGCAAAAAAUUCCUCUGAACCAGUUUUCCAAGAACUAAAUACGUACCUGCAAAGUAUCAGAAUUAUCCUCAAAAUGGGGGCUUUACAGUUGUAAAUGUUUGCUGUGCCGAGUUUUUGAAUUUAUUAUGUGAUGUAAAUAACUGAGUGGAGUGGGCUUCAAAUUUGGUAUUAUGAUAAGGGGCUCUAUUUCCCUUGUAUGGCCAUUAAGCAUGGACUUGACCAUGCCAUUGUGCUGUAUAUGCGUUCUUAGGAACAGAUACAUCAUUCCACUCUAGGACUGGCUACCCUGUGGUGGUAGGAGCUGGAGGGAAGACACAAAUUCAUACAGCUCACGCUAUCAGCAGGAACUUUCACUCUUGGUACAGGGUUCAGGAAUUUGGAGAGGAGCGUUAUUUCAGACCACAGAGGUUACAUUCGGUGUACAGCAGUGUGAUUUACUGAAGGAUAUAAAUGUUCCUCCCAGGGUUCCUUGUGACUUGUCAAGAGUUAACAAGUUCACAGAGAGAAGUUGUUGCUCGGUUGUGUCUUUUUGGAAUGUAUACUGAGCUUACGGGGAUGGAACCCUUCAUAAAUAUUUUAAUAAGUGAUGGGAAAACAUUUUAAUAAGGGAAACACCGUGAUGUAUCCUGUGUCCUAAUGGGAAGGCCUGCAGAUGGGAUUUGUUAAGAGACAGAAAGAAGGACAGUGAUAAAUUCUAGCUUUGGGGAAAAUUCAUAUCCUCAUGAAAAGGAAGAACAAUCACAAAUAAACUGGGCAAAAUGUUAUGUAACUUUAUUCACUAGAGUGUGAGUAACUGCCAAUUUGUAAUCCAUCUGUUAAAAAAAACUCCACCUUAUAACAAACUGCUAGUGAAAGUCUGAGGAAAAGUAAAUUUUCUAGAUCAUGAGAAGAAUGAACACAAAUUUAUUUACAACCAAUGGGAUUUCAGUAGUACUUCCUCUCUCUUUUUCUAAAAUCUCAUUAUACUCAGUAAAUUAUUUCCAUUUACUGCCUUUAUUCCCUCCUGAAUAUUGGAUUAUUGGAUUUUAUUUGAGUGACUAGGAAAAGAACAAUAUAUACAUAUAUAGAAAGAUAGAAUUAGGUAGACAACGGUGAUGGGGAGCGGGGAUAUAUAUUUGUUGAGUAAUAGAACCAAUGCAAAAAUGUUGACAACGGAAAGGGUUAAAUUAACUCUUUGACAUCUUUUCUUCACACAAUCUUUUUGCAUUUCCGAGAUUGUAUGCUGUAAUUCAAAUAGCAUUGUUUUAGUAAUUUAAUAAUAAAUAAGCCUGAUGCAUGUAAGGAAACCGAACUCACAGCAUUAACAUAAACAUUCUUCACAUUUUGUUUGCACUUUCAAAUGUUUCCAAUUUGACUCUCCCUCUCUGCGGACGUAUGGUAUGUUUCCUGCCUGUUGGAGCAGAACUCACCUUUCCUUCUUAGAACACGAACCCUUUGCCUUCUUCUGUUUUGCCUCUUCACGCCCUUUUUAGUGUGAAAUGAAAAAUUAGUCACUUCCUCACAUGGAAGGCAGCCUUUCAGAAAACUGAAGAGCAGACACUGCUCGUCUCGCAUGCAUUCCGCAUGUCUUGAAAGAAGAGCCUGUGAGAACCUGUGUGGUUAGAGGGUGCCUUCUGAAAAUUUCAGUAUCAUGUCUGUGACUGCCUUUGUGUUCGGAACGUUCAGUCUUACAUUCACUUCCUUUGCCUUGCUUACCUAUCUCAGAGUAAUCACACGGCUGUACGAAGUUAGGGACCCCUUUUGAAAUGAUACCCGUCAAUAUUUGUGGAUGUUUCACUAGAUGGAAACCUUAAAGUUUUGUUUUGUUUCUCAAAGUGAACCAGAAACUAUCACUCUUAAAAAAGUAAUGCAGAAGAAUAGCUGUGAGGGUUGGGGAGGAAAUCAGGCUGCAAAUUGCGUAUCGCAAGGAGAGUGUUUGUGAUUCCUGAUCUGCCGGGUUUAAAUGUCCCAGGAACUCAUGGCAAGCUCAAAGCAAAUAAAUGGGAGCAUGUUUCAUUUUUAAGAUUUCCUAAGAUUUGUAUAUCAGACAGUCAUGAUCAAAGUAUAGGUGACUUUGGGAAAAUUACAUGAAGCUCAAAUGUUAGGAUUGACCUGUGUAAUAAAUUUGGUUUUCAUCAAAAUAUGAAUGUUCAAGCCAUUUUUAAUUACUCUUUUCUGAUCUUAAUUAUUUAGAUAAAAUUUGGGUAACCUCUUUUACUUUACAGCUAAUAUUUUGGCUGCUUUGGAUCUAAAACAGUAAUUUAUGAUAAUUGCUUAAAAUAUAUUUGAAAUAUUGUAAAUAUUGAGUAAACAAAAUGUCAUAGAAUAAAAAAACAUAUGGGCAAAGGUUUAUGUGUAUUUAUAAAGACAGAGGACAUCUAAGCUACAUUUAAUUUUUUAACCUUUAAUUGCCUAGAACACUUCGAUGGACAGUAUGACUAUAUUAAGUCUAGAGAUGAGAUACAAUAUAUACUUCCUUACCACUGAAGGUUUUACCAAAUUUUCCUUGAAAUAAUGAAAAAUAAAAUUAUAGUUAGUAGUUUUAGAUAUGUUUAAGAAAUGAGCUAUCUAUGGAGAAUUCUUAAAAUGUCUGCCUAGUCUUGGUUUCAUAUUUUUCUCCCCUGUUUUGAAUACAUACGUCUUUAACUUGCAUAUUCUCUCCUGCAUUUCAUUCCAGCUAUUUAUGCUGCUAAAUGGAAUCCUGCCUUUCUGCAUACAUUUACAUUCAAUUUAUUGGGAAUUUUAACAGUUUGCUUAGAAACGAGGAGUGUAAGUAAUUAAUUUAUGUAGAUCCUUUUUUUCCUCCAAAGAGCUCAACACACUACAUUCAUAUUACUGAAUAAACAUUUCUGAAAACCAACCAAAUUACUUAAGAGACGGAAAAAUAGUCAUAAAGAAAUUCAGAAAUUUGCAAAAGCUACAACAGUAGAAGAACAGCAGUCUACACCAGAUCUCUUCAAUCUGUUGGCUAACUGAUGCUCAUUUACAAUAUGCUGCCUACAAAAUGGUCUUACUAUUGAAUUCUGCCUUUGGUCUAUAUUUCAGUUCCUUUAUGCUAUUAAGUUUUGUUCCUGCUGAAUUGUAUAGACUCAAUUAAAAAAUAAGUUUUCAGUGGCCAGUGCCUGUUUUUCAACAUUAUCAAAAUUAAGCUUUCAAAGACAAUUUUCUAUUAUCCAGAUGGCCACAAAACAUUAAGUUGCACAAUAGCAUUAAUUAAACACUGAUUAUUUUAAACUUAAAUAUAAGCUAUAUUUCAUAUAUAUCAUAAAUACAAAGAAAAAUUAAAACUGAAACAGCUUCUCUUUAGAAUGUUACAUUUGUCUUAGACGACAUGUUGGAAAAUUGAUUAACUUUAUUGAGAAUGGACAGUUUAGAAAAAAAGAGAUAUUUCAAGUGUUUUUAUGGAAAGAUAUACUUUUCUCACAGGAAAUAACCAAAAUAUUUAAAUAACUUGGCUUACAUGUGAGGUUAAAAAAUAAGAUCUAAAACUCCAGCAUUCUACAUAUUGACAGUGCAAAGACAGGAACAUGCACAUGACUUAUACCUCUCAUUUAAAUAUUUUGUAGUGUAAAGUAUUUAUGGUAAGUUUGAGAUAGAUGAUUUUUGGGGGGAAGGGCAACAAUCUAUCAGUUAAUCAUGUUAUUUAAUUCUGGUAUUGUAAGUGGCUACCAAUCAAUUUCGAAUUACAGUUUUGCGAUUUUAAAAGAAAUGUAGUCUUGUAAUCUAAAAUAAUUGAAAAUUGUCAAAUGUAUAUUUUGGUUGUAUUAUAAUAAAACACAAACAUUAAUGUUCUAUGGUUAUAAACAGAA